AACACAGCGAACGCGAGGUGGGGCGGUUGGUGGUUAAUUCCCCGGACGCCGCCACCAGAGUAGGGUUGGCUGUGGCUAUUCCAGAGGCCUGUGCAGUUGCUGUGUGUCUGUGUACACUCAUCAGGUCAGCUAAGUGGCUGACCAGUCUGCUGAGCAGGCCCUGAGCAAUCAUCCCAAGAUGGCGGGCACUGUGCCUGACGGAGAGGCGUCCGGCCGGCGCGGCUCGCGCAAACAGUGGACUCUGCACGACGGACCGCAAGGCUCGCUGCGUCGGCUGCGCAGUAACCUGGCAGAGGACGGCUGCGAGGAGUCGCAGCUGGUGUUGGCCAAGCAGCUGCUGGAUGCGCCGGCCGCGCCCUCUGAGGCCACCCAGAAUUAUGUCCAGGCUGUCUAUUGGUUGACCAAGGCAUCCGAGCAGGGCAAUGCUGAGGCUACCGAGCUGCUGCGCGAGUGCUUUGACCGGGGCCGCGGCAUCACGGACCAGAACUACAUCGACGUGAAGAACUGUUUGGACAUGACGCAGGAGGAGAAGCUUUCGCGCCGUGCUGCCCGCGAGCUCUUCUACACGAUGGCCGACGGUCAGGACUUCAUCACGACGGCGCAGCUGCGCAGCCGGUUGCAGCGGCUCACCAGCCAGGAGCGGCGCGACCUGGAGCGUCCCGCGCCUGCCGCGCCGCCGCGCGCCGCCGACGGUGACCAGCCAGCCGCUGAGGCCGAACCACCCGCUGAUGGCGGCGGCGACGGCAACGGUGACGGCAGAGAUCAGGGCGAGGGCGUAGCAGCGACGGCGCCGGCGGCCGAAGACGCGACGGACACGCCGCGCACCAUCUCCUUCCUGAGCCACAUCGGCGGCGAGAAGCUGUCUGAGGACUCGCUGGUGGCGGCGGCGGCCAACUUUGUCAACGGCGACCUGCCCACCAUAAACAAGUUCCUUAAGGUCAGCGAUGACGAGACUGCUUUCCAGGAAAUGACGCUGCUGGAGAAGGUGAUGUUCCAUCCGGUGCGCUCCGUCAGUUACGGCUAUCACAAGAUGAUCGAGACAAUGUCAGAGCGCGGCAACGCCUUCCUGCUCUCGCUGAUCCCGACUACGCAACUGAAGACGAUCCUGGUCGUGUUCCUUGUGUCCUUCGUCGACGUCCGCAUGCUGCGCUUCAUCCUGCCGGUCAUCGUCCUGUACGUCGCCCUCUUAGUCAUGGUCAUCUCCACGCUGCAGAUGCUACAGCUUCACGAGGACCUGGGCAAUUUCCGCAUCUGGUCACAGGUGAUGAAGAUUAUCAAAGACGACCUGAACACGCAGCUAGCCGAGGCCAAGUUCUGCUGGAAGAACCUGUACCCGUACGGGCGCUUCUUCGUGGCGAUGGCUGCGACGGUGACGGCGCUGCAGUACACGCCUGACUCGAUGGUGCUCAGCUCCGAGAUCACUGCGCUGGCCGCCCUCAUGACGGCCAUCACGUUCAUCUCGCUCAGCGAGCGCCACCAGCGGCUGGCCUGGCUGUCGAUGGUGCUACACGUGACGCUGUCCUGUCUGCACCUGUUCCCGACGCUGAGGCCUGCGCCGGCGGCCAGUCUGCAGCUGGCGCCCGGCCUCUUCCUCGACUUCUCGUUGCUGGCUAUCCUGCACCUGGCCACGCUCGGUUGCUACGCCACGAUGGCGGCGCAGGACAGGUGGCGCGGCACUUACAAGGUGCUGAUCCCGCACCUGGCCUCGGUCGUCUGGUUCCAGACCGCCAUUCUGUUUGCCGGCGACGCCUCCACCGGUGGCGUGCUGCGCGCUGUCGGCACCUUCUUCGGCACUGUGUUUGCGCUCCCCAUCAUCGGUGGCUUCCUGCUGCUAUUCCCAGCUGUGGCACUGGGCCGUCACCUUUACCAAGCCGGCUUCCUGCUGCAGGCGGUGGUGACGGGCGCGCUGCUGGCGCUGCCGUUCGGCCUGGCCUUCUUGCGCAGCCGGCACGCCUCGCUGACGCGCGUCAUCUCGUCGUACCAGGUGCUGGUGCUGGGGCUGGGCCUGCUGUCGCUUCUGCCGGCCGUGCAGAUCACGUAUCUGACGACGCCACCGCCCACCGACGUGCAGCACGGCUGUCAGCUGCUGGAGGGCGCCACCGUCGAGUGGGAGGGCACCGUGGCCGACGUGCGCGUCCAGUCGGCCGAGAACAAGCUGCAGGCGCUGAUCAGUUUUCCUGCCGUCGGAGACUGCAACGCCGAGCUGAUGGACGAGGUCAGCUUCAGCCGCUGCAAGACGGCGCACACCGUCAUGACGUCACGAUGCACGUUGCGCUCCUGGAACCGCUACCAGUUUCACAUUGUGGUGCACAUGCCAGCUGGCUACCUAAACGUCAGUCCGGCUGAUGUUUACCUGGCGGCCGACAACCAGUUCCAGGCGUUCGGACUGAACCUGCGGGCGGGCGACCGCGUGCAGUACCGCGGUCAAUUGAGCGCCGGCCUGGGCACGACGCGGCCGCAGCUGCAGCUGACCGGUCUGCGCUGCCUCAGCUGUACCCAGGAGAUCGCCCCCAUACUGGAGGUCACCCAGCGCGACGUCGUCAACGAGCUCGUCACCAGCGCCGGCGCCGUCUUUAACUUCGUCUGCUCGCCGCUGCUGCGCUACGAGAAGGACCCAGCCGCCACCUGA